AUGCGCAAGCAUCUUCACUGGCCAGACAAGACUGGACCACUCUUCUGCGAAUGUCAUUGCAAGUGUUUCAGAGCUUGGGCUAGUAGGAACUCCGAUACUUUAACUCCGGCUCAUCAUUGCUACGUAAAAGUCCCGUAUGAACAGCAUGUGCAAGGUCACAAAGGAAUAUGCCUUCAUGGAGUACCUCAGCAGGUUGCAAGGAACUGGAAACCUAGCCGGAAGAGAAUUACUGCUACUAUCGCAUGUAUGAAUACUUCUCUAAUUGGCAUUCUAGUUGGGAUAUAUGCAGGCGAAGUGCCACGAAUUCAGUACGUUCUUGCUGAUGAGGCUCAUCAUGCGCUUAUUGGAAACGUCGCGCUGUAUCUAGGCUUGGCUUUAUCUACGUUCACAUUUUGGCCAUUGCCACUCCUUCAUGGGCGAAAACCAUAUGUUCUAACAGCAAUGGCUCUAGCAUUGCCAUUGCAAUUUCCCCAAGCAAUGGUUCUCAGCACGAAACGUUCACCAAAGUACGCUGGCUUUCGCGCGAGCCUACUCCUCAGCCGAGGGAUUUCUGGUCUUGUCUUAGGCUUUGCAAAUGCAAACUUCGUGACUGUGCUAUUGGACCUAUUUGGGGCGUCAUUACAAUCUAAACAUCCUCACCAGGAAGUUCCGAAUGCAGCCGAUCUUCGAAAACACGGUGGUGGGUUAGGCCUUUGGCUUGGUAUCUGGUCAUGGUGUUGGAUCGGGACACUUGCCAUUGGUUUCCAAAUCGGCGCCAGUAUAAUCCAAAAUCAUACACCAGAUCGGGGCUUCUACGUCACUAUAAUCAUAAACGCCCUGGCUCUAGUGCUGAAUAUCCUUGCCUCUGAAACUCGUCGUUCGAAGAAUCGAAGAUCAGUGGUUGAAGUGUACGACAGACGUUACAAUAUCUUGACUCGGUGCGUGGUACGUGGCGAGGUUAGACUUCACCUAAGUACACGAGGUCCCAGGCAUUUUAUUGACGAAUUGUAUGCGGGUAUGAGACUCAGCUUCAUGAUGUGCUGUCAGAAGGGGUUCUUUAUCCUCGCCAUCUACCUCGGUUGGAUAUAUGGCCAGAUCAUCCUUGUCAUUAUGCUCCUUGGGGCGCUGUUGUCGCGCGAAUAUAAAUGGAAACCUCACCAAAUCGGAUUCGGGGUCAUGUCAGUUGCUAUUGGAGCAUUGCUUGCGAUACCUCUUACCAAAGCCAACGUCUUCAACGGAAAGCGGGCAAGUCUACUCCUAACCAGUCGAAAACUGCUAGGGAACCAAGUUACGUGGACUUCACAUUCUGUCCGCCGCGCUUUUUUCAUUGCAUUACUUCCGAUCUUGGGUCUUGGAUUCAGUGUUUCUUGCGGAGGACCAACAACGCCAUUUGUGAUUCCAAUCUUGUUUGCUGGAGCAAUCGGUUUCGCAAGUGUUCUGGCCGUCGCAGAAUGUUAUGGGCUUAUCAUGGAGACCUUUGACGUUUGCGAUCUUCCACUAGGAAUGCAAAUACCACAUCUGAUGAAGUCACACUCAUCGACUACGCAAGACGGCAACCGGCAAUCAGCCUACUCCUCAUUCCCUCGAGUGACGGCUGGGAUAUUUGUCUCACAAACGUUCGCCUUCGUGGGUGCCGCCGUCGCGACAGCAGUCGGUGGAAUCCUUUCGCGACGUAUUAGUACACAACUCUGCACUGGUAUAAUGGCAGGAAUCCUCCUUCUCCUCACUAUCUUCCUCAUAGCUGUGCUCUGGCGCUUCAGAGAUGUCCGGGUCAUUUCGAGCCAUACGUCCAAAGCGAAGAGCGAGACUACGUUUUCGCAGACCACGACUAUGGCUCACAAUGGUUGGGAGGACGUGAUGAGCGGCAGCCCCCCUCGACGAAUACGGAGGAUGAAUAUUCUGGAAAUGGGGGCACUCUCUCGGUGGACUGAGAUUCGACGGUUAAAUUAUCUGAUCAGGCCGAAGGAGGAGAAGAGGAGGUGGGUUGGUUGA